UCGACAGGAUUAAACCGUCUCUCUCAUCAACAGUCAGUGCCAAUGGUGGUGAGAUUUAACGCAGCCCAAAAACAAAUGUGCAUUAGCUUCUAAUUGGUGUUAAGCGUGCUUGAAGAGUUUUUUUUUAUCACUCACCUAUGAGCGGAUCGGAUCGGAUCAGCUAAACUGUGUUACCUGAACAACAACAACAAUCCCGCACAUGCCAGAACACAAACACAAAUCAAUUCACGCAAGUACAAACAAGUACAGCUGUCUCGUUUCAAUACAGUGAAAAAAUACUAUAAUUAAACUUUGAAUUGUAAACAACAACGUGCGAAGGUUCAUUAUCUCUGAAUUUUUAUCGGUUUGCAUGAUUUGCGGUCCUAAAUGUAAGCAAAGGCUUACAAUUUGAAGAGCCGUAAGAAUUUUAAUUAUAAAGCGAUUAGCUUAUUGAAGCAAAAAAUAGCAUUCUUCAAUGAUCAUGGCAGGAACAAACAUUCAAAGUAAUGAACAACGGAAACGCAAUGCAAUCGGAAAACUAGGGCGACCACGAAAGAGUACAGACAUACCGUCUGGGAGGCGAUCAUAUUUCAGUCAAACACGCCCAAUGGCAGCCGGAACCGUCCGGCUAGGCGGUAGUGUAUUCAUCCUUGUCACCGCUGCUAUCACCGUUCUUGCGACAGAGCGUAAGCUUCAAGCAACUGGCCGUGUAGUAUUCAGAUUUUAUCGUAAUGAAGCCAUCUUGUUUGGACUCUCAAAGAUCGCUUCAGUGGACAUUAAAUGCACUCAUCACGAUGAGUUCUUCUACGCACAUCCGAGCACCAGCUGUUCAUCAUAUUAUCGUUGCUUCCAACGGCAAGCAGUCCGAUAUAAAUGCAAUGACAAAUCUUUUUUUGACUUCUACCAGCAGAAAUGUGUUCACUCACAGGGAACUUGUUACGAGCCUAUCUGUACGGGAAAAUCCGACGGUAUUUACGCCGAUACUACGCAGGCCUGCAGAAGAUCAUACCAGUGCAAGGGUGGUAUGCUGAUCAGGAUGGACAACUGUCCUCAGGGCCAUCUGUUUGAUGGUAGCAAAUGUGUACCGCAACAUGAGGUCACCUGUGAAAGGCCAACGAUUUCGGCCGUCAUGAUCUCAUUUAACGGAGAUGAUCGAUGCUAUGGAUUACAAAACGGCUAUCAUGUGAUCGAUGAUGAUCAGUGCAGAAAGUUUAUGAUUUGUCAGGAUAACAACGUAGUCGAUAUACUGGAAUGCCCCGUAGGAUAUGCGUAUGAUGAGAUGAGUCGAAGAUGCACCUUCAACGAUGAUGUCAAAAUCUUGGGCUGCAUGAGUAAUUACAUGGAGGAAACGAAUGAUGUUUGUUCUUGGCUCCCAGAUGGGAUGCAUUUGGAUCCUACGUCUAGAACCUGUAAAAAUUACAUCAAAUGUUUAGAUGGAAAAAUUGUCUCUAGGCAUGACUGUCCAGGAUCUACUACAUUCAAUGGGUUUCAGUGUGUUCCUGAUUUUCUGUACCACUGUCCUAGAUUAGCUCUCACGGGUGACAUUUGUGAGAAAAAGAUAGACGGUUACUACAUCGAUCCAAGAAAAGGCUGCUCCUAUUUUGUCCGCUGUUCAAAACAGCAAACGGUCGAACAGCAUUCAUGUCCGGCAGGAUUUCAGUACAACCCAAUGAAAAACUUGUGCAUUGAACUUUACCAAGACGGUAAUUGUCAUGAAUCAGGUUAUUCAAGUGAUUGCGUUCAGCGGUCUGCCGGUUUCUAUCAGGAUUUUUCCGAUGCCUCAAACUGCGUCCAGUACUUCUACUGCUUUAAUGGUAAUAAAACGACGUUUCGCUGUCCUGUUGGAUUUGUUUUUGAUGGGGAAAAUUGUGUGAGCUCCUCUACAUACUCUUGUCCUAGUACAAAUUCCGACUCUUGCGCAAAUAAACCAAAUGGAUAUUACCGUGAUUCAACGAGCGGUUGUCGCUCCUAUUUCUACUGCUAUGAGGGGAGCAAAACCUCAUAUUUGUGUAAUCCAGGACAAAUCUUCAGCCACGGACAGUGCAUUGAUCGUCUCGAAGACACAUUCUGUCCGGAAGAUCUCGUGUGCUUUGGAAAAUCGGAUGGAUACUACCACGAUCUUCAAUCGUUCUGUCGAAACUAUUUCUACUGUCAGCGUGGUGAGAAGCUACAAACUCUUACCUGUCGGGGAAGCAAGAUGUUUAACGGAAAUAGCUGUGUUUCGCAGGACUCCUAUGUAUGUCCACACGGAGAAGCUGCAGCUGAUCCGCUGCUGAACUGUAUACCUCGCACAUGUGAACCGAUAUGUUCGAAAAAUGGCUUCAAAAUUGAUUAUGAUAGCAACUGCUCGAAAUAUUUCUUCUGCAUCGAUGGCAAACCGACAAAUUUGUCAUGCUCGAACAAUUACGUUUUCAAUGGCGAACUGUGCGUUUCCCGAGAUACGUAUCGGUGUCCAAAGUACUGCGAUGCGACGGUCGUGUGUAGUUGAUGGAACUAACUACCUGGAAGUUUCAUACCUGAACCCGAUCCAAUGCGGCAGCAUGCGAAUACCGUCAAUUAGCAACGAAUGUUUGGUGGGCGUUCCAGGACUAGUUUCUAGGUUUAUUUAUUUAUUCUACUUGCAUUUAUACAUCUGAAUGGGUGUAAAGGGCGACACAUGGAACUUAAAAGUCUCAUCCGUGCCAACGUUGCCAUGGGAUUUGUCUGCCGGACAAAACUCGUUUUGUGUACGUAAUGACGGUUUUCACGUCAAAUGAUUGAAUGGUAGAUUGAUCAGGCAGCGUAAAAACCGCUAAAUGAUAGUGAAUUACUGAAGCUAUUUAUUUUCUUUAGAAUAACACUACAUUCUAAAAAAGAGACUCAUUUAGAAUACUCAUUCGAUACUAUUUAGAGAUAGUAUUAUUUAUAAAGACUUUAAUAA